UCGCAACUUCGAACUAGAACGACACACACACAACGCACGCUUUCAUAUUUAUUAUUAUUAUUCACCGGUAUUCAAAAAUUAACCCAACAUCAUCAUCAUCAUCAUCAUCAUUGAGUGUUGUUAUAGUUGUUAUUAUAACAGUUAUUAACACGUUUCCAAUUCAAAUCAAAGAACAUAAUAUUUUGAAACAUACGUGUUUUUUGUUGCAUAAUUAACUUUGAAUGAACACCAUCAGUGAGAUUUUUUGUCAUUGAUUUUGUACGAAAAAGGAAUUUUUUUCAUCACCAACCUGGAUCGUGAAGCGAUGUCUUCACCGAAACCAAUGGGCAGUAGCCAUGAGCACAUUAAGAGGCCCAUGAACGCUUUUAUGGUGUGGUCAAGAGGUCAACGGAGGAAGAUGGCACAAGAAAAUCCGAAAAUGCACAAUUCAGAAAUUUCAAAACGUCUUGGUGCCGAGUGGAAACUUUUGAGUGAAUCUGAAAAAAGACCAUUUAUUGAUGAAGCAAAAAGAUUAAGAGCUCUCCACAUGAAAGAACAUCCCGAUUACAAAUAUCGCCCAAGAAGGAAGCCGAAACCUUUAAUGAAAAAAGAACCAAAAUUUGGAUUUUCAAUAUCUCCAUUAAUUUCGCCGACCAGUUUAGAUUCGCAAACGAUGGCGAGAAGUAUGAUGCCGCCAAUAUCAACUUCUUCAUCAAUCCCCCCACUUCUUCAAGACGAUCUUAAAAUCCCUCGAACUUUAUUCCCUCCUUUACCUUAUUUGUAUCCGUUUAGACACCCAGAAGAAUCAAAAUUUGCAGCUGAAUUGGCUUUGUUCUAUAGUAACAAUCAUCUUUACCCGCCAAGUUUAAAUUGGCCAAUUAGUAACUUAGCUAAUAGUGCUUGCAACAUUUGCCCACCCGCUUUCCCAAGACGAACACCAAGCCCGGAAGCUAUGAAAAGACCCGUUUGCGUUUUAAUGAAAAACGAAGAAUUCCGAAACGAAGCUCUUCCAGGUCAUGUUAUAUGAAAACCACUUCCGGUUCUACCUGAAAGGUUGAACCUAGGCACGUGGUGGAACGACAUAGCCACAUUGGCUACCUCUUCAACCAUCGUGAAAGAUGAUGCGAGUAGAGAAAGUCCUGUAAGAGAUGUUAGAGACAGAGAAAGAGCGAGUAAUGAUGAUAUGUAAAUUACUAUUACAUAAAAAAUUAUAAAAAUCUUGUACAUAGAUGAAUUCGUAUUUACGUAGGAGAAUAGGAGAAUUUAGGAGAUGGUGAAGAAAAAGUAUAAAUACAAGUAUUGUGCAAUCGAUGUUUUCGUUCUUAUACGUUACGAUGUUGACUAAAAUAUGUUUGUAGAUGUGAUAUACUGUUAUCAUUUUGUAUCGAUUUAUUUUUAAUUGUAUAGAUUGUAAAUAGUUAAAGUUACUUAUUAAAGAUUUUUUUAAUAUAAA